GCAUAAUUCAUAGUGUACUCUUCUUGUAUUGUGACAUUACAUUGUACUUGGAAUUGCACUUUAUCUCUACUGAUAACUGUGUAUUGUUUUGUACAUUUGUCAGCUGUUUUUGUUUUGUUAAUGUCUAGGAGUUUGGUGGUUUGUUUUUUUGCAAUAAAUGGCUUAUUUUCCUGAGAGAUUUUCGGUGCAUCCCAGCCACAACUCACGUCCUCGUCUACUCCCUGGAAAUCAAACUGUUGACCUGAAAUCCUUGACGAAAUUUCGUCAGUCAAUUUUAUUAGAAUUGUUGAAUGCUUUUACACCAUUUAACGAAAACUCAAGCAAUAGAAUGAAUUUUAUUAUUUGCAAAUUUCAAAGUUGUAUUACCACUUUCUAUUCCUUUCUCUUUUUUGGAUGUGCUCAAUUCCACAAGCAGACAGCAAAACAAUGCGACCCCAUGACGUGUCUCGCUGCACACGCACAGCUGCCAUUUUAUUAUUAUUUUCGAGGUCACAAAUUGUUAGGUUAUGUCUCACACGUUGUGCAAAAGAUAAAUAUUUACUUUUGUGAAAAUAUCAUCCAUAUUUGAGAUAUGAAAUUAUUAGAUGAUUUGAGGAAACUUUGAUAUUUUUAUUGAAUAUACCAAUGAAAGAACUAUCUAGAUGAGACACAUAUUCUGUGAGAUAUACUUUGCACUAUGUCAUUACAGGUUCAAGGAACAAACGACUCGAGUAUAGUCUCGAAAUGCUCGAUGGUCGAUCGCGGCUACUUUGAAGACAAGUACAUUCAUUAUUUUGUUGAGAAAACGUCAAGGCGAUCCCCAAUUAUUAACAUAGGCUACUUUGUACGAGCUGCUGUUAUUAACUCGGUGUUGAAGGAUUUUGUCAACAGUCUAUCAGGAGAUGUUCAGAUUGUUUCUUUUGGAGCCGGAUUCGAUACAAGCUACUUUCGGCUCUAUGAUUUGUCUCCCAGAUGCAGUAUUUCUUACUUUGAAAUAGACUUAUCAAAUGUAGUAAAGCGAAAGAAGAAAAUCAUUCUAAAAUCAAAAGAUUUGUUAGAGAAACUAGAGAAUGUAGAAGAUUCUACUUGUGAUGCACUGAAGAGCUCAAACUACAACCUACUGGUAUGUGAUCUCUGUGAUAUUCCAAAGACACAAAAAUGCCUGGUUGAUUCUGGAUUCAAUCAAAACCUUCCAACACUGUUUCUCGCCGAAUGCUCCAUUACUUACAUGAAAGAAAAGAGCUCAACAGAACUUAUAAAUUGGGCUGGGAGCUUUGUAAGGAAUGGAACAUUUGUUACCUAUGAGCAAAUAAAUCCGUAUGAUGGAUUUGGAUUAAAGAUGACGACGCAUUUCAUGAUGCUGCAAUCUCCACUACUAUCAUUGUCCAAAUAUCCUACAAUGGCUGCACAAAAGCAACGGUAUGAAGGUAAUGGAUGGAGUAAUUGUAAUGUGGUACCGGCUUGGACAGCUUUCACAAAUAUUCUAUCAGUCGAAGAAAUACAUUCAUCGGUAAGUUUGGAACCCUUCGAUGAAUGGGAAGAGUGGCACCUGAAAUGUAACCAUUAUUCACUGGCCGUUGCUAGAAAUGGAACAUUGAAUGACUGGCAACCGUCCUUUCUCAACCUGAGUUCUGGAGAAAUUGUCAAUGAUUCCAUCAUCACCCCAACGAUUGAUUGGAAGCCGAUUGAGUGCCCGUGCAUUCAGAGGUACGCCCACACCUCAGUACUAUUCGGCAAGAGAACCAAACACAUUCUCACAAUCGGCGGUUUCGGAACGUUCAAUAACAGACAUCACAAGAGAUUCAAUGAUGCAAUGUGCUGUGAAUAUCCAUUGGGAAACGAAACAUUAGACCGAGUGAAGCGACAAGAAUUGACCAAAAGUGGGUUCAUUCAUCAUUCGUGUACUGUGAUAACCGGGGACGAUUUUCAGGGAGUGAGUGUAGUUAUAUAUGGAGGUAGGACUUCUCCGGAUAAAGCUGUGAAUUCGUGUCCAUUACUUCUAAAUUGUUCAGUUGAAGAAGGAGGUAUGAUGAUUGAGAGUAAGGAAUUGGUGGAGAGUGAGAGUUUAUCUGUGGAAAUGCCGGGUGCCAGGUGGAGGCACAGUGCUUGUGUAAUGGACGUUGAUUCAGGGAAAUGGUUCGUUGUGUAUGGUGGCUGCUCUAGUGAAUUAAAGAUUUUCGAUGACUUGUGGAUUUUAAAACUGCCUGCCUUCAACGAAAGUACAGAGACAAUCAAGUGGAUAUGUGCAUCAAAUGUGUCCGAUAGUUUGGUAUCCAACAUUGAAAACAAACCAAAGCCUCGAUUUUCACACAGUUCGGCUGUUUGGAAAGCGGAUAAUAUGAUCGUGACGUGUGGACUAGGUGCUAAUAAUAAAGUAUUCAACGAUGCUUGGAAGUGGAAUUUUAAAAGAAGAUUGUGGGAAAAAUUGGAAAUUUGCGGUAUGUUACCGCGGUACGCUCACACUGGCAACAUAGUUGGAAGCAACUUGCUCCUAGUGGGUGGUGUUUCAACAAUGUGCGGUGUGACCCCUGGAGUCACUGUUAUCAAUCUCAAACUACUCACUUGUCACGAAUAUCAGUUACCGUAUCUUGACCCAUCAACACCUGUUAUGUUGCACAAUCAUUCGACUAUCUAUGAUGGUGACAAAGAGGCGCUCGUUGUGAUUGGAGGAGGUGGAAACUGUUUUUCAUUUGGAACACAUCUUAACUCUCAUUUUGUGGAAAUUCCGCUUCGCCAGUUCCAAAGCUGAACUCUUCUCUGCUGCCUAACUCUUCUUAAAAAGUAUUAUUACUCACAAUAUUUAUUUCUUGACAUUGAAAUCCUCGGAAUCGAUCAAGCUUUCCUUUUUCCGUUUUGUAUUGGUAAAAUGCAUUCUAUUCGCCAUUCAAAUGGAAUAAAGUAUUAUUAUUCCAUCAUGUAGCCAUCCAACACAUAAUAUUGUACUAGUAAUAUUAUUGCAUAUUUGCCUUUCAAAAGGCACCUGUUGAAUGUAUAUUCAUCCAUGUAAUAAAGAACCAUUGUUUCAUGUAUUCAUAUCUAACAUAUUUUCAUGAUUGAAAGUUUCGUUUCUGGAGAGAAAAUUACGAACUGGUUGUUUUAUUAACUGUUUUAUAAACUACUUAUUGAACAAAACAAAAAAAAAGAAAUUCCAAGUAGAAUCUUGAUCUCAAUUAGCCUAUAUUUGAAAUAGAGUAUGUACAAGGUGUUGAAAAUGUGAUUAGAUUAUGAGCUAGUGAAGAUCUUUUCAAAUGACCUGACCUCUUUGGAACAACUUUCCAGUUAGAAAGUUCUACUUAGAAUAUAGAUACUUUUGUUUUUCUCAUGCCCCCAUUUACUAUACUUGUGUUUGAGUAGGAUAUUGAACAGAAAAAUAUAUUUGAUUUCCUGCAAACCACUGCAUGAAAUUUGCCAUGCAUAAUCUUAUUUAUUGUAUAUAUUGUUAUCUAUAAUAAAAUAAUUUUAAUAUUUUAAAAUUA